CGGCCUUCUCCGAAAUAGAGCGCUAGCUAGCUGAACACUGAGAGCCUCUGAUCGAGCUGAAGUGCUUCCAGUACGUGUAUGCAGUGAGUGAGUUGCUUCUUCUUCUAGCUCGUUGUUGUUGAUCAUGUCGACUACGGCUGCGGCGCUCCCGCCGGGGUUCCGGUUCCACCCGACGGACGAAGAGCUGAUCCUCCACUACCUCCGCAACCGCGCCGCAUCCGCCCCGUGCCCCGUCCCCAUCAUCGCCGACGUCGACAUCUACAAGUUCGACCCUUGGGACCUCCCCUGCCAGGCGGUGUACGGGGAGCAGGAGUGGUACUUCUUCAGCCCGCGGGACCGCAAGUACCCGAACGGGAUCCGGCCCAACAGGGCGGCCGGCUCAGGCUACUGGAAGGCCACGGGUACUGACAAGCCCAUCCACGACCCGGCCACGGGCGGGGAGCCCGUCGGGGUCAAGAAGGCGCUCGUCUUCUACAAAGGACGCCCCCCCAAGGGCAGCAAGACCAGCUGGAUCAUGCACGAGUACCGCCUUUCCGGCGCCGACCCCCUGAGCUCCUCCGCCAACACCAACGGCGCCGGCAACGCUUACAAGCCCAUCAAGUUCCGCAACGUCUCCAUGAGGCUGGAUGACUGGGUGCUGUGCCGGAUCUACAAGAAGUCCGGCCUUCAGGCGUCGCCCAUGGUGCCGCCGCUCGCCGACUACGACCACAUGGAUCACACUCACAGCAGCGGCAACAACAACAACGACGACGACGGCCUCUCCUCCUUCUCCGGCUCCGGUGGCGGCGCCGGCGGCGGCUUCGUCGUCGACGCCGACGCCGCCUGCAGCAGCUUCCUCUAUGCGCCCUCCGGCAACACGACCUGCAGAACCAUCAUGGCCCCGAGGCUCCCGGCGAUCCCGUCCAUGUCCGAGCUCUUCGACGACUACGCGCUCGCGCAGCUCUUCGACGCCACCGCCGCCGCGCCGGAGGAGCAUCACCCCGCCGUCCACCCCUCCCUCAACCAGCUCCUCUCCGUCGGCGACGGCCCGCACGCCGAGUACUACUCGUCUUCCCCGUCUCCGGCCGUCACCGCCGGGAAGCGCAAGGCGGAAGAUCAACGCGCCCCGGCGGCCAAGAGGCUCGUGAACGGGAUGUCGUGCUUCGCCGUCGACGACGUCGCGCCGCAGUCGGCGGCGGCGGCGGAGAGCGGCUUGCAAGCGGCCGUGCUGGGCGCCGGCCUCAGCAGCCAUCAGAUGCUUCCCCAGUUCUAAGCUUGUAAUUGAUUGUUAAUUAACCUGGGAACCCAUGAAUUUGGCCAGCGCAAGAGAAAAGCAAUCUUGCAAACGCUAUCAAAGAAUUGAUUAAGAUAGAUGAUAAUUGAGUUGUAGAAUUAUUGUAGUGUACUGAAGACAAGCAGUGUACUGAACAAGCUUACAAGCAGACAUGCACGCAGAUUUUUAUUUCCCU